AUCGACGGUCAUUUUUGCGAAUAAAGGCUGCCGAGCCCGAGCCCUUGAUCGAGCGUGCAUAUCGUUAUGUGGCCCUUACUUACUGCCUUGUCCAGUUGACUGAUAUAAUUAGUCCCGAGGCUCCCGUUCAUACCUAUAGUUGUUAUUUUGUCUGUGUAUUUUCAAGUUUUGGUUUCUUCUCCACCUUGCCAGUUAAGCUUGUAUCAGCACUAUAUAAAGUCUCAUAGGGGAUGAAAUAAGUAAACUGAGAACCAAAAGUUGUCUAUACAGCUUCAUAAUCAAGUGAUUAGACCAAAAACAUGGCUUCCGAUGCGGGAGACCCACCCAAAGAUGGUCCGUCAGAGGAGAAGAGAGAGGAUAUCCAACCUCGGAAAGGGUCUCGCUAUUCUGAAGCGUCUCCCUCCGAGCUCGAGCAUCGUGAAACUAAAGACAAGAUACCAGAUGAAGGGGAGAGAAAACGUCUAGAAGCCACAGCCAAGCUAGAGAACCCUCUUGCUGGUCUCUCUCAGACACAGCUAGCCCAGCAAGGUGAAGAGUUCUGUGCGAAGCAUGGCAUUACCGAUGCGGAGGACAUUCGUGCUUUUCGGCUCGGCGCCAUGAUUGCCGGUAACUUGAAUAAGUACGACACCAUCGACGAGCUUACCGAUCGUGAAAAGGGCAUUCUCGACAAAGAGAUCACACACAAAUGGUCAAACCCCAAGAUGCUCUAUGCGGUAAUUGUCAUCUGCUCGCUCUGUGCCGCCGUUCAAGGUAUGGAUGAGACUGUAGUGAAUGGUGCGCAGUCAUUUUACAAAGCCGAAUUUGGUAUAGGAGAUGCCAACUCUCAGAGGGAUUCAUGGCUCCUAGGCCUCGUCAAUGCUGCACCGUACAUCUGCUGCGCCUUCGUUGGUUGCUGGCUUACAGAACCGAUGAAUAAGGCUUUCGGGCGCCGCGGUACCGUCUUCGUCUCUUGUGCCAUAUCGGCUUUAGCUUGUUUCUGGCAAGCCUUUACAAAUACUUGGUGGCAUAUGUUCAUCGCGCGUUUUGCUCUCGGUCUUGGCAUUGGCCCGAAGUCAGCUACAACCCCCAUCUUCGCUGCCGAGUGUUCCCCGCCGAAGCUUCGUGGUGCUUUGGUUAUGCAGUGGCAGAUGUGGACUGCUUUCGGUAUCAUGCUUGGAUAUGUAAUGGAUUUGGCCUUCUUCAACGUUCCGGAUUUAUCUGGAAUUAUAGGACUCAAUUGGCGCCUUAUGAUGGGAUCCGCUUUGCUACCGGCUGUCAUCGUCUGCGCUAUCGUAUACUUUACCCCUGAGUCGCCUCGAUGGUACCUUACCAAAAAUCGACACGCCGAUGCUUAUAAGUCAAUCUGCCAGCUACGGUUCGAAAAGGUCCAGGCCGCGCGCGACCUCUUCUAUAUGGACACCCUCCUUCAGGUCGAGAAAGAAACUAUGCACAUAGGCCAGAGCAAAAUUAAGGAGUUCCUUACCAUCCGUCGAAACCGGAAUGCCAUGGUUGCAUCGGAGAUUGUUAUGUUCAUGCAGCAAUUCUGCGGUGUCAAUGCCAUUGCGUACUAUUCAACAGAAAUCUUCAUUGAAAGUGGCUUCUCUACCCAAGAGGCUCUCGUGGCCUCGCUUGGUUUCGGUAUCGUCAAUUUUUUGUUCGCUCUUCCAGCGUUUUACACCAUCGAUACCUUUGGUCGGCGCAAUCUACUUCUUACUACUUUCCCCCUCAUGUCUCUCUUCUUGUUCUUCACGGGCUUCAGCUUUUGGAUCCCGGAAAAUAGUACUGCCCAUAUUGGCUGUAUAGCGUUAGGUAUUUAUCUAUUCGGCGUGGUUUACUCGCCAGGAGAAGGGCCGGUUCCAUUCACAUACAGUGCCGAAGCGUACCCGCUGUACAUACGGCCAAUCGGAAUGUCGUUGGCAACAGCGACAACAUGGUUCUUUAAUUCCGUAAUCUCUCUCACGUGGCCUGCGAUGACCCAAGCAUGGACGCCUCAAGGCGCCUUUUCAUGGUACGCGGCGUGGAACGUUAUCGGAUUCUUCCUUGUGCUCUUCUUCCUUCCCGAAACGAAGGAAAAGACGCUCGAGGAGCUUGACGCCGUCUUUAACGUCCCAAUCCGUAGCCUAGUGCGCUAUGGCGCGGACCAGUUCAUCUACUUUUGGGCCCACUACAUCUUCCGUCGCGACGUCGCACCGCCUAAGGUCCCGUCCGCGACGGCGGAUAUCGAGUACACGAGGGAACGAUUUUCUCAGGAGAAGACACACGAUGCGACUUCUCGUGUCUGAAGAACUUGCGCUACCAACUUAAAGGAUUGAUUACCCCCUUUUUUUAAACUUUCUGUUGUCGAAGGGCCAUACUCUUUUAGCUCGGACGUUUCUAGUCAAGAUGAUCAGUACUAGAUGGGAUUUAAGGAUGAAGAUUAAUGGAUACUCUUCACGCGAAAUGCCUCUCAUUAAUUCUUUUUUUUAUACCCAUUUUUGAAAAUCAUCUUAUAUUGAAGGAAAAUAGUAAAUAUGUACCUAAGGUACCUAGAUGAUGAUGGACGGCUUGGGAUAUAAAACCACUACCUGAGUAACUAACCUACCUAGGCACCUUAGGUACAUAUAAUUGAAUCUUGUCAUAGGAAAAGUGCCUAUUAAAAGACGACUUUGUGAAUUUAUAUUUUUAGUAGUAUGAUGCAUAAUGCUACCUUAGGUAGUAAGACUAUACCGAAGUUGACAGGAAAUGCC